CACACACAUAAAAGCGCUCCGAUACAUCUGUUUUGCAAUCUGCUUGAACACACACACACACACACCCCCACCCUCAAAUCCAAGAGGAACAAGAGGAGGUGGGGCUAACCUCCUGAUUGGUCGCCAGUCAGGCAACAGGGAGGAUGGGGAUUCAAAGCGGCCUUAAAAAGAGCGCAGUUGCGGAAAAGCAGCAGAACCUUUCCGAGGCGGACCCUUGGAUCUGAAGCCCCGCCCCUUUCUCCGCUCACCACAAAAGUGCCUUGAGCUCACCGACAUGCCGAGAGGCUUUCUGGUCAAGAGGAGCAAGCGAGUCAACCUGGUGUCGUACCGGACGCCACGAACGGAGGACCGGAACCCUUCGGUGCCGUUCGCCCGCUGGCCGGUGGCGGCGCCGGAGAGCAAAAGCGUCCUUUUCGGCGACCCGGAAGGGGCGUACCGGCCGCUCCGUAGCCCCGCCCGGCCGACUGGCGCGCAGAGGGACGCCGGGAGGCACCCGGGUCCGGAUUUGAGCUCGCCGGCGUCGGGCGAGGCUUUCCCCGCCGCCGCUGCGGCCCUUGCCGCCUUGGAGCACCUCUUCAACGUGGGCUCCAGCACCGCCGCCUCCAAACCCCAACGCAAAGUCAAGAGAGUCAAGACCGUCCGGAAGUGGAACUCAGACAAUGACACCGCCUCGCCCGUUUUGGGCCUGAAAAUCCGGGCGGCGCCCGAACGUCAGCCGACGGGCGGCGGGGACGGCGAGUUCGUUUGUCAGCUUUGCAAGGAGGCGUACGCCGACCCGCUGGGCCUUGCUCAGCACCGCUGUUCCAGAAUCGUCCGGGUGGAGUAUCGCUGCCCCGAAUGCGACAAGGCGUUCGGUUGCCCCGCCAACUUGGCGUCGCACCGCCGUUGGCACAAGCCUAAGACGGAGCAGAAAGGACGGGCGGAAGAGGCGCCCGGCCCGGGGACCUCCGAGUCCGGUUCUGAUGGGGACGAGCCGCACGAGUCCGCUAGGGGCGGCCAAAAAUUCAAACGCCACGCCUUUAUGGGGGGAUCGCACGGACCGGCCCCGCACGCUAAUUGCCGCCACCCGUCCAAGGACGGAAGCUUUAUUCUCUUGGCCCGGCCGGCCGACCAAGUGGUUGGCGCGCUGACCUCGCGCUUCUGAACUCCUAGGUUCCACUUAGUGUUGAUGCCGAUUCCAAGACCGUGCGGUAUCAGCAUGUACUGAUAACGCCUUUUGAAAAAAAGCAUACAUAUUAUUUUUAAUACUAAUUCACCCACUUGAAUGUAAAGUCAAAGCUGUCACGGCUUGGUCUUAACUCAUUGACGGUGCUAAACGUCCAAUCUAUUUGAAUUGGGAGGGAACGUUCAUUCGCUGCCACCCUCCAACUUCAAAUGGAUUGGAUGUCUACGAGUGACACUCAUUUCAAUUCUUGGCAGAAGCAUGCAAAGACCUUUACCUAAAUUGCCUCAGGGCGGCCAUGUUAGGGGUCAUGUAGGGCCACAAUGGUCAUCAAAGUCAUUCAAAUGAAGUCAAAACUAGCGUAUUUCUCUACUUAAUUUUACAUUAUUAUUUGAUCAAGCUAUUUACUCAGCCAACCCUUCCACUUCAGAUGGAUUGGACGUCUAUUAAUGAUAAGCUAAUUUCAAAUCACAGCAGAAUUCGUCACUACACGAUUGGAUGUCUAUCAUCAUCUUGUGUGUUGAUGGCGGCCAUCUUGGGUGGGGCAACCAACAGUUGUCAACUAGAUCUCAAAAAGUUAGCAUUCCGCAGCUUCUUCUUUACAUUAUCUCUUAAUGCUCCCAGAUACAGAGGAUGUCAUUUUAGUGCCGCUUUUGUACCAAUGCUGUAUCGGUGCAACACGAGUUCCAAUCUUGACCCCGUUCCGCUUUGACCAAGACUUUUCAGGCAUGAAUAUUUGUCGAUAAGAGCGCAAGCGGCCCACUGUCUGGGCUCUGAUCAUAGCUCACCUUCUACAACACGUGAGGACAAACGCCGGAUGUAAAUCUCCUUCAGAGGAAGCAAUGUUUGUUUUUUCUCGCUGUUAAAAGUGAUUUCUGAAAGAAAAAGAAAACAGAAGAAUCCAAUCCAACAAAAGUGGACCUUGAGGGGUUUAGUGCCUUUUCCUCCAGGCGUUUUCUAGUUUAGCAAGCGAUUUUAGCACGCUAAUGCCUUUGUUAGCGCGAAGGAAAUUCGCGAUUUUGGGCGGGAUCUUUUCCAUCAGAACGUAGCAAAGAAACGAGCUAGCGUAGCCGCUAAUGCCUUGGAACUAGAAAUUCUGCUGUUGCCUUCAUGCGCUUGCUUUUUUUC